GACUUUUAUCCGUUUCUCAUCUCGUCUGAUUUCCCUGAUUUCUUAUCAUUUUCCUGGAUUUCUUAUCGAUUCCCGGUCGACUCCUGAGCAAUGUUCAAAGAAAUUCUGCUCAUUUCCACUGUUUUUCUGCUCACUGAUGCCUUGGGAGGUAUUGUUGGGAGUAAACAGACGGUCACUGUGGUCGGCAAACUGGUCUGUAACGGAGCACCGGCUAGAGACGUCCGUGUGAAGCUUUUCGAGGAUGGAACUAUCUACGACACGAAAAUGGACUCGGUGAAAACAAUUGCUGAUGGAACAUUCAAGGUCUCGGGAUCCCAGAAUAAAAUCCGCAAGAUUGACCCGAAAAUCAAUAUUUAUCAUAAAUGCAACUAUUCUGGACUCUGCCCAAAAAAAGUGACUAUUCAUGUUCCAAAAAAUGCAGUUGGUAAAGGAUCCAAAGAAGCUCAACUUUUCGACAUCGGAACCCUCAAUUUGGCUAACAGAUACCCAGGAGAGGGCACUGAUUGCAUUCAUUAAACUUUUUUUGUAAUUUUUUGAUAAUUUUUAUGUUUUAAUUGGCAUUUUUCAUAAAAUAAACGUUUAAUUACAAU